GCAGACACAGUUGGGGCCAUCCAGCAGAGCGCUUGGCCCUGCGCUGCCGCUGUCCCCUUCGGUCGGGCUGGAGGGCAGGAGACAGGACAGGGAACAACCGAACGUCUGAACAGCCCCCUGGCCCCUGCCUAGCGGAACAAAGAACCUGGCACGAUCCAUUCUCUCUGGCCAUCUGCUCGGCUCCUUUCGUGACCGAGAGGGGUCUGCGGGGUGAGGCGGAGAAGCCCACGGCGCAAAUACAUCCCAGACGCCGGCCUCCCGCCGCUGCAAGACCGGAUCGGCGGUCCCCGUUGUUGAAGAGCCCGGCGUCACGAUGACUGAGCGCUUUGACUGCCACCAUUGCGAAGAAUCUCUCUUUGGCAAGAAGUACAUCCUGAGGGAGGAGAGCCCCUGCUGCUUGGCGUGCUUUGAGGCCCUCUAUGCCAGCACUUGCGAGGAGUGUGGGAAGCCCAUCGGCUGUGACUGCAAGGACUUGUCCUACAAGGACCGACACUGGCAUGAGGCCUGUUUCCACUGCUCGCGAUGCAAGAGCUCGCUGGUGGACAAGCCCUUCGCUGCCAAGGAGGACCAGCUGCUCUGCACGGACUGCUACUCCCAUGAGUACUCAUCCAAGUGCCAGGAAUGCAAGAAGACCAUCAUGCCAGGUACCCGCAAGAUGGAGUACAAGGACAGCAGCUGGCACGAGACCUGCUUCGUCUGCCGCCGCUGCCAGCAGCCCAUCGGCACCAAGAGCUUCAUCCCGAAAGACAACCAGAACUUCUGCGUGCCCUGCUAUGAGAAACAGUACGCCCUGCAGUGUGUUCAGUGUCAAAAGCCCAUCACCACUGGGGGCGUCACGUACCGCGAGCAGCCCUGGCACCGGGAGUGCUUCGUGUGCACGGCCUGCAAGAAGCCGCUGUCUGGCCAGCGCUUCACGUCCCGGGAGGAGUUCCCCUACUGCCUGAGCUGCUUCUGCGACCUGUACGCCAAGAAGUGUGCCGGCUGCACCAACCCCAUCAGCGGACUUGGUGGCACAAAGUACAUCUCCUUUGAGGAACGGCAGUGGCAUAACGACUGUUUUAACUGUAAGAAGUGCUCCCUCUCACUGGUGGGGCGAGGCUUCCUCACAGAAAGAGAUGACAUCCUGUGCCCUGACUGCGGAAAAGACAUCUGAAGCCCACACAGCUGCCUGUGACACGCACGGAUUUAGAAACUCUGAUUCUCCACCAGGCAGUACUGUGCCUGCUCUCCAACGGCCACGUUGAGACUUUCCUCUUGUGCUUCUCAGUGAUAUUCACGUUUGUUUAAACCCUUUAAUCCUUUGUGGUAGCUCAGUCCCAGGGAAGGAGGAAACCCUUCUAUAAACCCUUGGUGGGAAGAUGGUGUUGAAAUUUUGUAAUCAAGCAAGGCAAAUCCAAGUGUAGAAAUCCUUUUGAAUGACAUCUUUAUACAUUUAUCUGUCUUUCACUGUGUAUUUAAUUUUUAAGUGCAAUUAACAUGUCACGAACUUGAGUUUUCCAAACUACAUGAGAUAAUGAAGAGUGGGCAUUUACAACUGUGUGGCUUCCUGUCAUGUAAGACCUAGAGCGAGAUCAUAUAGCUUACAAUAAAGUUAUCCAGAACAAAA